AUGUCGCUCCUCCGGCCCUCGUGCGCCAUUGCGCGUCGACUGUGCACCACACCGGCCACGAGCGAGGCCACACGGUCGCCCAUCCUCUCGCUGCUACGAAGACAUGCCGCCUCGCGACCCCCGUGCCGCGCCUUCUCGCACACGCCGCGCCUCGCAGCCAACACGCCGCAGAGCCCGACCAGCGCUCGCCCGCAGCAGCACCCCGCGCGCACCGUCCGCAUAGGCCCGCUGCCUGGCGGGCCGGUCAGCGACGAUGGCAUCCGCCGCAUCUUCGGGCGGCGGGUGACGCCCGCCGAAGGCAAUAAGGUGCUGCGCAUCCUGCACCACCGCCGCACGGCCGGCUCGCUGGCCGACUACGGCGUCGCCAACCUUGGCAGCCAGUGCGCGCACGUCGACACGGCGCUCGCACUCAAGGGCCUGGCCUGGCUGCGCGAGCGCCACCCAGUCGACGAGGCCGCCGCCGCCGAGCAGUGGGCCGAGAAGGAGGCCAACCGCAUCGCCUACGAGCUGUGGCUGGCCGACCCAGACACCGAGUCCAAGUACAAGGCCGGCGACCCUGCACGCGCCUUCCGCGAGCAUAUGGAGGCUGACGCCGCCGCGCGCGCCCAGCAGGAGCGUGACGAGCAGAAGAUCGGCAUCCUGCACGUCGGCAAGAGCCAGUUCGAGCGCAACAUCGAGGAAAAGCGCCGCGCGCGCUUGCAGGAGGCCACGCGCAAGGCCGAGGAGAAGGAGCGCCGCGAGAGGGACAUGGAGGCCCAGCUCGCAACGGGCGAGUGGGUCAAGACGCCCAGCGGCACGCAGCUCAUGAAGCCGUACCAGACGACGUACAUUGACGUCUUUGGCAACGAGCAGGUCAGCCGCCGCAGCGAGGAGCGCGCAAAGUACGAGCAGCAGGCCGUCACGGACUUCAAGGACGAGACGGAGAUGCUGGCCAAGACGACGCUGGGCCAACGCCUCUACCCCAUGACCGCCUUCGUCCUCGUCGUCGCCCUGCUCAGCUGGGGCUUCGCACACUACUACACCCCGCCGUCCCCCGCAUACCGCGUCUUCCCCGACCUGUCCCCCACCACCGCCACCAUGGCCACGCUGAUCGGCCUAAACGUCGCCGUCGCCCUCGCGUGGCGCAUCUACCCCCUCUGGCCGCUAAUGACGCGCUACUUCAUGCACGUCCCCGGCUACCCGCGCGCCGUGCAGUCCGUGCUCAACGUCUUCAGCCACGUGCAGUACGACCACCUCCUCGCCAACAUGAUGAUGCUGUGUCUCGUCGGCCCCGCGGCCCACGACCUCGUCGGCCGGGGUGUGUUCCUCGGCACCUAUCUCGCCGCCGGCGCCUGCGGCACCCUCGCCUCCCUGUACUGGGCGAACCUGGGCCGCGGCAGUCUGGCCGCGCACUCGGUCGGCGCCAGCGCGGCGAUCUGGGGCAUUGCAGCCCUGUACUGUCUGCUCACCGAUGCGGAGACGGUCAAGAUCCCGCUUUUAAAGGACGCAGAGGUCGCUUUCUGGCCUAAGAUGCUGUUCGCUGCCUUCGUCGCGCUGGAGAUUUUCAACGCUGUGAGAGGCGCCAAGACGCACGACCAUGCUAGUCAUUUCGGCGGUAUGCUGGUUGGUGUUGGCACCGCGGCGUGGUUGAGGUAUGCGGGGUACAGCUACCAAGUGCCGCCGCUGCAGACCUUGGAGAAUGUCGAGAGGAGGAGGGGUGUGGGUGAGAAGGAGGAGGGCGUGGGUGAGAAGGAGGAGGGCGUGGACUCGAGUGUUGAGUAG